AUGAGAUGCAUGCAGUAUUCGCAGUGGGGUCGCUGUACCGAGCAUAACCCUGAUUGGAUGCUUCGGAACUGUCCGCGAUCAUGUGACUCGUGCAACUUCCUCGGAACCGCCAAUGAAAUAUUUACAUCAAGUUUUUGGGUGGAGGAGGACGAUACGAAAACGGAGUUUAACGCCAUGUCGUGGGAAGGGUUGGAUGGUAGCUGGACAGGGUUCUGCCCCACCUAUAACAUCCAUCUCGGCUUUAUCAGGCAGCCAUGUAAUGCACUCAUCCCCUGUUUGUGUGAGGACUAUGAAGUACCCGUAUACACCGAUGUCAUUUCGGAAGUUUCCGUUAACGAGAAAGCCUCAGACAAAAACACAUCUAACACAACCUGUGAGACGAUUGAUGGCCGACAAGAAACCAGGGUAAUUAACCUCGAUCUCAAGCAGGAACAUCACGUGGAGUCGGUGAUGGUUGCAAUUGAAAAGGAUAAGGCAACACCUCUCGGGUACAUUGGUCCAUUGGUGGAACCACCGACAUCACCCAUCGCGCGGAAUCCAUAUUUCAGCGUUGCCGUCGGCCGACCUUCCUACGUCAGCUCCUUCGUACCAGACGAUUGGGUUGGUCCCGCACCGGUCGCCAACGACGGAAGUCGGGACAACAUGCACAAUGCCAAUGUCCCGCACUGCACUUACACGGCCACGGGUGUGACGAAGGGGGUGCAUUGGUGGUACGUUGACCUACAAAGUCAAUACAAGAUCCAUGCGGUCACAGUCACAAGACGCUUUUGCUGUUACGAUAAUGAUUUUACCGACUUCCGAAUCGUAGUAGACAACUCAUCAUUAGUGGGUAAAAACAUGACGACGUACUUCCAGAAGUCUGCGGGCCUUUGCCACAACGGAAGUUUCAUCCCUGUGAAGACCCCGACCUUGAUCUUUCAAUGUGAACAGGAGUUAAUUGGUCGCUACGUUGUGAUUAUGAAAUCUCAAUUGGGUAGUACGGCUAUUUCUCUUGUCGUGUGUGAAAUGGAGAUCCAUGGCCAACUAGCAAGUUUGUCCCCCGAUGCACUACCGGGACUCUCAUUCUGUCCCGACGAUACAGCCCAUCAAAUCGGAGGCAACUGCUACAAGUACAUUGGCCGCCCCGCGUCGUACGUCCAGCAAGUUGUUAACUGCCGACGCUGGGACCCGCCCUUCUCGCAUAUUGUGCCAUUUGAGGACCUGUCCCAGUUCGCGAGGGACGCAUUGCGGGUGUGGCUCUUUAAUCGAUUUUACUUGGGAGAGGUUUGGACGAAGAGCUACAGUCAGGAUGGGCUGAACUGCAAGCAACUAAGCGUCAGAUUAAGAGAGUACGGCAUUGCCACCGUCCCCUGUAUUAGGUCAUUUGGUGCCCUCUGUAGGAGCACAAGCCGAAAUGUCUACCCGAUACCGUUAAUCAGUCUACCUGUACCCCAACCAGGACCCAAACUGGAGGUCACCUACGACAAGGUUACAUUUCCAAAGGCCAAGGUCACAGAAGACUCGUUUCUCCUUUUAUGGGAGAUAGCUUUAUCAGCGGAGAUGAAUACCUCAACUGAAAUAUUCAUCGUCGUGAUGAAGGACACACCGAAAGAUGUCAAGUCAUUAACGCGUUUUCGAUUAAAACCAUUGCUUGAGCCAGGUUUAAAUUUCGGUGGCUUUCACAUCAAUAAGAAAGACUAUUUGAAACUUCCAAAGGGAAGUUACGUUGGACUUGAAGCAACUAAUCUGUCAGACCUUGUACCAAUUCCAAGUGAACCGGGAUCUGCUGCGACGACAACUGAGGCGGAAUACUCUGAUGGUGACAAGAAUCAAAGCGCUGUGACUGUAAGGGUGAAUUUUCCAUUCAGGAUUUGGGUUUUGCCCGAGACGUUGGGUCGCAUACCACAACGUUGCAUCGGCCAAAAUAUUUACGAUGUCCAUCCGCUUUAUCACAAUAGUACGGGCCUAUUGGGUGACUACCAACGGACAUUUUUCAAGAGUUUAAAUUAUUAUGAAGAGGGCGUUUACUACGUUGAACAGUAUCCAUGCAUGGACCGGUGCCUCCAAGACGACCUCUGUUCCCUGGGUUACGCGCAUUUUUACACGCCUGGAAAAUACUUGGAAGCCCUUUACUUGGCUGGGGAGCAAGUUAUAAUUGGCUGGAACAAGAGUUCUGGUCAUGAUGGAUGGUUCAGUAAGCAGUGCAGCCCAUAUCAUGUCGCAGAAGUUUAUCCCGUGGCAGAAACUCUCAAGUCGUCCAUUACUGUCAACGCCGGAAGUAAGAACUGCACCCGCGUGACGUCAUAUUUGAAUGGAGAUGGCGCCAUUUUGUAUCAUUGUAAUACAAAGACGGCUAAUUUACGGAUAUCCGUCGUCAAGAAUGAGGCAAAAAUUUGCAAAAUUCGGGCUUUCGGAGAAAGAGUUACGAGUCCUUCCGCUAAUUUAAUUCCUAAGACGUCCACUAGGGUACGCGGGAACAUUUGGCCACCUUCCGGCAGCCGUAACUGCGCCCCCAUCGGAUUCAGCCGAGCCCGGAUUCAAUGGCUUCAGGUGGACCUGUUGGUGACCUACAACGGAGUGACAGCGAAAGCAUCAUAUAGAGAGAGCCCAGGGCAGCCGGCCAUUUCUCCUAAGUUCCACCUGUAUGUGACAGCAACCUCUGACUGGACCGAUGCGGAUCCGUAUUACGUGGGACUGAUUGGCAAGGUCGAUAGGGUUGUUUCCUUUCCGUGUUCAGACUGCCGCAGUGGUCGGUUUGUCUCUCUGAAGGAGGUCGGUAAUGCCAAGGGGAUUGAGCUGUGUCAAUUCAAUGUUUAUGGUGACCGUGGCCGGGAACGUCGUCUGGGUAUGGCAGGUGGCUACAUCCUGGACAAGCAGAUCACUGCAAGUCGUCACAUUCCGGGGAAAGAGCCCCACAGGGCCCGCCUCAAUGGUGCGGGUGCUUGGUGUACCACGGUGUAUGACACAGUCAACAAGCCAUACUUACAGGUCUCGCUGACCGAUACAUCAGUGAUAACUGCCAUUGAAACCCAAUCAUGGAACACCCAUAGCGUCAAUGAAUAUACUCUAAAAUAUGGAAUGAGUGAAUUGAAUCUAAAGUGGUACACCGAUGUGGUCGGCAGGGUAAAGGAGUUCUUCAGAGAGAAUAUUGGUAAGGAUAGCACAGUCCAUCGCCUCGUGACGCCAUUCCAGUGCAAGGUCGUCAGAAUACAAGUAGAACGAUUCGUCAACACGGCUUGCCUUAGGCUGGAGCUGAUUGGCUACUAUCAAGUCUCAUUUGACGCCAAAUACGAUAUAACGAAACCAACGAGCUUUACGAGUCCUGACAGCCCGAACUAUUACGGAAACGACCGAACGAUCACAUGGACGAUUACGCCACCUGUCGGGAAGUAUAUCAGACUGAUGAACAUGACACUGAAUGUCGCACCAAAUCUUGCAUCGGAUAUGAAAAUAGACAACUGGAAGCUACAGACGGAGACCGUGUGCCAAGAUAAAUACGUCCUGUACCGGGAGGACUCAACGCCAGUCAUAACGAAUGCUGGCUACUAUGUCCACGAUGUCUCUGAAUCAAUGCAAUUGAAACUGCAUGCAUGCAUGGUCACUGCAUAUCGGUCUGGGGGCUAUUUUAAAGCACAAGUUGACUUCGUUGAUUGUCCCGGCUAUGGCUUCAACGCCAAAUCAUGUGACACCACCUUUGGACCAAUCACAACUAACUGUGGCUACAUCGGGUCACCAGAGUUUCCUGCAGUGUAUCCCGACACCAAAACGUGCGCGUGGUCAAUAAAGACAAAACCGGCGCACUAUAUCAGUGUGGAUUUCGUGAAUUUUGACAUUGCUGGCGAUGAUGCGUCUUGCACGGGGGACAAGCUGUCUCUGAUAUACGUGGACAAUGGUCAAAAGAAGCUCCUAAGAGACCUCUGCAACGGUAAUUGGGACCACGGCCAAGCUGUCUCGGACUGGAACACGCUGCUUCUCGAAUACAGCAGAGUGCGGAUCCCGACUGAGGCCGGCAAGGGAUUCAUCGCCAAGUUCACCAGCAUCGACCCAAUAAAGGAGCAAGUGUUCAACUAUACGGAGGGGCACUGUAUGGAUGGCUGGCUGCGCUUCAUGUCCGGCUGCUACAAAUAUGUAAAGAACGACAACAAUGUGACCUUGACAUGGACCAAAGCAGAGGAGAAUUGCAAAACAUUAGCCGCCGGUUCGCAUUUGGCCAGUAUCCAAGACGACCACCAACGAGACUUCAUUCUACAAAGCUUGUUCUUCCAGUGGCCUUAUAAUCCCGAAUCGAAAGAUAUAUAUAUUGGUUUGACGGAUCAGAAGCACGACGGACGAUUCGUUUGGACUGAUGGUUUGCCUCUGUCUUACACCAAUUGGGAUUCAGGUGAGCCCGACGGGAGCGUCCUUGAGGGAUGCGGGAUGCUUAGAAUUGCUAGCCUCAACAGUCGCCGUUAUUGGCAAGAUAUCCCGUGCGCCAUGAAAAUGACAUCUCAGUACAUCUGUAAGAAACCAGCUGACGCUGUUACUCAGUACUCCAUCACGGAUUUGGGCGGCGUCAUUGGCAUCUGGAACCAGUCAUGUGACCUCAAUCGUCAGUUCAAAUGUGACAAUGGCAACUGUAUACAAAACUUCUUCGUCUGCAAUGCGCAUGACGAUUGUGGUGACGGAAGUGACGAAAUCGACUGUCCGUCAAUCAAAGACGUUUGUCCACUCAGUCAAUUCCGUUGCCAAAAUGGCGACUGUAUUCUGAUUUCGAAGUAUUGUGAUCAUGUGACGGAUUGUCCUGGGGGCGAAGAUGAGGCUGGUUGUGUCUGGGUCGACUGCAGUCCAGGCGAGUUCCGCUGCACCAACGGCCAGUGCAUCAAGAACACGACAUCAGCAAAGAACUUCGUGAAGGACUGUGUUGAUGGGAGCGAUGAAAUGCUCGUAGGUUGUCCAGGGUUUCAGUGUUACAGCGGUGCCUGCAUACCACAGAAGCUACAUUGUGACGGUGUUACAGACUGUAUGGGGAUCUACAAAGAGGACGAGACCGGAUGCGAGACUAUCAAUACGGGACUGGGGAAAGGAUAUCUAAAGUGCGCGAACAACCUGCCCUACAAUGCUACCCAGAGAUGCAUCUAUGACAAAGAUAUCUUCAACUAUUCCACUGCAUGCAGGGAUUUGUCACACCUGCAGGGAUGUGACGAGUUUAAUUGUCCGGUCGGUCACUUGAAAUGCCCCGGUCACUACUGCAUCCCCGUGCGAAUGGUAUGUGAUGAUGUCGACGACUGUCCCCAGGGCGAGGAUGAAAGGAACUGUAAUAAAUACACCUGCCCCGGCAUGUUCAAGUGCAGCAACUCGAAGAAUUGUAUCCCACAGUCAGCGGUGUGCGAUGGCAUCAAGAACUGUUGGGAUGGAGAUGACGAGCUCAGCUGCUCGCCCUGUCCGGCGGAGUGCGAAUGCAUCGGUGACGCCUAUCAGUGCUCGGGAAAAGGCUUGACGUCUACGCCGAAGAUUCCUAAUGGCGCAAAGGCAAUAGACAUGUCUGAGAAUAUGCUGCCUGGUCUUUUCGAUACUUUCGACUUUUCAUUCCUUGAAAAACUCGUAUUGAGCAGGAACAAUAUUUCUACCAUCGCAAAUGGUGUGUUCAGUAAGCUCGUCAAUCUGUUACAUUUGGAUUUAAGGUUUAAUCAACUCCAGAUGCUGUCGUCGAAUUUAUUCCGUGGUUUGUCAAGGCUACAAGUCUUAGCACUGACGGGAAAUCCUGGUGUUAGUGCGAUUGCAGACAAUGCGUUCGUCGUAAACGAAGAUGGCGGUGUAAUGCCAGUGACCCGGAUGAACCUUUCCAAUAUGGCGGUCAAAGAACUUUAUAACAUGUCGUUGGCAGGUUUAGAAGAAACGUUAAAUCUCGACCUGGCGAACAACAAGUUGAACACUAUUGCAACGACCGCUUUCGCAAACACCGCUAAGCUUCAAACUUUGAAUAUUUCCGGGAAUGACUUAAGUAACUUUAACGGCAAAGAAGCUUUUCUGUCAGUGCCAAAUUUGCAGCAUUUAAAGUCGGAUCAUUUUCGAUUCUGCUGCUUGGCUCCACAGGUGGCAGAAGAAAGCUGCUUUCCCCAGAAAGAUGCAUUUUCAUCUUGCACAGAUCUAGUCCGCCUCGACGUGUUGAGAAUUUUUCUCUGGUUGCUGGGAAGCGUGGCAGUCCUUGGCAACAUCUUGGUACUACUUCUUCGUAUCUUGGCACGAGAGCCGCUCACCGCGAAUACCAGUAUCAUAAUAAGUCUAGCCCUGUCAGAUUUCCUGAUGGGGGUGUACCUCUUCAUCGUCGCCGGGGCAGACAUGGCGUUUAGAGGAUUCUACAUCGAGGUUGACGAGGCAUGGCGGACAGGCCCGGGUUGCGCCAUCGCUGGGUUCCUUUCAGUCCUCUCAAGUGAGGUAUCGGUCUUUACCCUGGCCAUCAUGUCCGUGGACAGAUUCCUCGUGGUUGUAUUCCCCUUCAGCAAGCACAAAAUCAACCUCCGAAAGGCGAAAAUCCUGAUUAGCUUGUCCUGGCUGGUUGGCGCAAUCCUCGCUGGGAUCCCUCUCAUUCCAAACGACUAUUUUCAAGGGAAGUUCUACUCCAGGUCCGGUGUAUGUCUGUCACUGCACCUCACGAGUGAGACAACUCCAGGCUGGGAGUACUCGGUCGCGGUGAACCUCGGUCUGAACCUACUUGCCUUUAUGAUCAUCGCCGUGACCUAUGGAUGGAUGUAUUUAGUCAUCAGGAGAGCGGCCGAGAUGAUGAAGGGCAAAGCCACCCGGAAGAAGGGAGAAAACCAGGAGAUGGCUAUUGCCCGAAAGAUGGCGCUGAUUAUCUUGACGGAUUUUGCUUGUUGGAUGCCGAUUAUCAUUUUAGGUUUUGCCGCCAUGUCCGGAAACGUAGUCAUUCCCGGUGACGUAUAUGCCUGGAUCGCUGUUUUCGUUCUACCAAUCAACAGCGCCGCCAACCCUGUCUUGUACACGCUAUCAUCUGUUGAUACGAUCAAGAAAAUUCUCUUCAAGAAGGACCUGAAAGCCGAAACUUCAUUGAACAAAACGAAUAUGUCGUACGUUGACGACGAGGACGACGAAGACGCCACAGUCAAGCUUGUCAACUGUUACAAAGACGGCACUCAGUUGUUACCCUACGUGCCUGACGAUCCGAAGAUGAAGACAUUGAGCCUGGCGCUCAAGGAAGGGGCUGACUUCCUCACCCUGAAGGAUAUGGUCACCGCGCUGAGAUAUGUGGGCAAGGCUAUGGUGGCGCUGCAUUCCACUGGCCUGACCGCUGUCAGUGUUAAUGUGGAUGAUGUUGGACUCGUCUUUGAAGAGAAAUUGAAGCCUGGCUGCAGUAGGAUUCAUUCGGCCUACCUCUGCUCUGGGGUGAAACAAGCAGGAAUUGAGAGAGAUCUCAAGGGAAACAUAGACGAGUUUGGCAAUCUUUGUAAGAAGCUGCUCCGACACUACGCCUCUCACAGAAAGGGGACUUAGAAUGCGGGAGAGACUAGGUAGCGUCUCACUGAAAGAAGAUUAGGAAUGUGGGGUAGAAUGUUGAGAUUAGAGUGUACGAACUCAUCGGCGGGUCGUAGCGUCCAAAAUUUAAAUUCUUUCAAUGUGUGGAUAUUUUAGUAUUCAUUGGACUGUUGGGUGUGAUCAUAUAAGAAAACGUUAUCAAUGCGUCCAUGUGUUACACUGUUAUAGUUGUGUUGCACGUAUAUUCAAGUUUAUAGCUUAUUAAUUGCACGCAUACGGACAUGUACUUGUAAAGAUGCCCCUGACAAAGAAUCGGCGUCCACGUGAACGUUAUCCUAUUCUUCGACAUCGUUAGCCUAUAUCAGGAGGUCAUACAAUGAGGUCUGCAAAAACUCCCUUCUUUCUUGUAUUACAGUGAGAUGGUUUGAAGGCGACAACAAUCUGAACGGAGCAUCGGAAAUUCAUAAGUCCCUACAUCAAUUUCAAAAAUAUUUCCUAGUUAGAAUAUGGAUUUGAACUCUCAUGAUCAAAAUAUUACAUGUUUGUCUCGAUAAUGAUAAGUUGUUCAUCGUUUAGCAGUAUGUGCUGGAACAUUCGAUAGAACAUUAGGCAUUUUAAAUAAUCUGUCGACGUGCAGAGUGAAUUCCAAAAUAGCGUAUAUACUUUUAAUCGGUAGUCGUCGUCCUCACCACCAAGUUAUCAUUGAGACAACUGAUCAAAAAGCAUGUCCUGUCUUGAAGAGAAAUACAGCACAUAACUGUUCCACUGUGUUGUUUUUGUUUACUAUUUCUACUCGACCAAUGGAAGUGCAUUGUACCAGACGCCUCAUCAGUUGGUAGAACGUCGGAGGCUGAUGUUAAGAUAAGGUCGAGGACAGGACCCUACAAGCCCCACUACAUGUAUGAUCCCAGUCGAUAUUGGCCGCGGACAUAGACUUUCAGAAUAAAUUAAUUAGUGUUUCUUAUAGUUGAUGAUUGAUUUUAUUCGACCAAUUGUUCAUCAGAUGCAUGAUUCACUGGUUGAGAACGUCCGGUCUUCGAAGUCGGACCUCUACUGUCCCCCACCUGAGCGACAUACCUGAAAUGCGGCUGACACGUCUGUUAGACACUUCGUCACAUGAUCUGUUGCUAGGCAUGCCUCGUAAUUCGUGUCGAAGGUUUUCCUGCAGGUCGCGACCACGACGGUGGCAUCCGCGGGCAUCAGGGCCAAUGAGGUCAAGACUAGGAGGGCUAGGACCAGUUU